AUGAUAAUAAGGCGGCUAGCUACAACAACAGAUCCGAAAAUGCCUAAGCAAAUCCACGAGAUCAAGGACUUCCUUCUGACAGCAAGAAGGAAAGAUGCUCGGUCUGUGAAGAUCAAGAGAAGCAAGGACAUCGUCAAGUUCAAGGUCAGAUGUUCAAGGUACCUCUACACGCUCUGCGUCUUUGACCAAGAGAAAGCCGACAAGCUCAAGCAGUCUCUUCCUCCAGGUUUGAAUGUUCAAGACCUUUGAAGAUAAUGAAGCCAAGUAUCUGUGGUAUUGAAGUCUUGCGCGAUUUUAUAAUUUUCUUAGGAGAAUAUGUUUUGUGUCGUUAAAAUUUAUCAUGUUCAGACUUUUCCAGCAUGAGUGUGUUUUUGGAUUUUGAUUCAGCUUUUAAAAUCAAAUACGGUCUCCUUCUGGAUUCAUCGUACCUAUGCUAUUAAUCACAGUCGGGUUCAUCAAAAUCACCACCGUACUUAAUCACAUUCUUCGGAAAAUAUGCAUAAUUAAUUAGCUUCGAGUCAAGUCUACGCUAUACAGUAGUAAUGUGUUCUGAGCUGGUCCAAUUGAUACCUUGGGUCCUUUAACUACUAUAACAAAUUUAAGCUCACGUCGGUGACAAUCAUGAGAUCAGGACUGUAAUAUUCACUUUUUC